GCAUGCAUCAAAAGGUCAAACCACCCCAUGAGUUUCUUAAUCAGCAAUUUAUUUAAUUUCUUAAUUUCAAAUGAUCAUGGUAACACUAAUACUUUAAACAGGUGCUACCUCCUUUGUCCCAUUACUCAUUGUUACAUGUACCACUAGAGAUCUGUUGGAAGAAGCUUGAGACUGUACAGUAGUGUAGGUUAUCAGAGGAGGGGAGGAGGAGGAAAGGAAGAGGAGGAGCUGAGGGAGGUACUUAUAGCUAGUGAUUUGAAGAGUAAGAAUACAUAAAGUACUCAUUUAUUAGAGACAGGAGGGAAGGGAAACUGAAUAAUCUUAUGACAAGUUAUGUGAUGAUUAUAGGAAAGGAUUGGGCAAAUACUAUGAUAUUAAAAAUUAUGAGAUUUUAGAGAAAAACAUGACUACAAGAUACGUUAUUUAAAACUAUUGUUAUUUCUAUAAAUAUAAAGCAGAUUGCUGAAGAUGUAGGUGUCCAUAUUAUCCUUUCUAUUUCUGUUUCUAUUUUGUGUGUGCGUGUUUGUAUAGUGUAUAAAUAAUGGUUUCCCAUUCCUAAUAUGGUAUCAAUGAAUCUAAUUAACUAAUCACAAGAUGUCGUUAGAGGACAAGUGUUGGGAUGCGUUUAGGAAUAGAGAUCAUAAAGAAGCUGUUCGCUUACUACCAUUAGUAAAGGAACCAAAGAAAAUUAAAGGACUAUACAUAGUAUGGGAUAAUAUAAGUUUACUUCAUUGGUCUUCAAGGCAUGGUUGGUUAGAUAUUACAAAAGAUCUCAUCACUAAAUAUCACUGUGAUCCACAGGAAAGAGAUAGUGGAGGUCAGAACUGUCUUCAUUGGGCUUCACAAGGUAGUCAUGUUGAUGUGAUGAGAUAUCUCAUUGAUGAGUGUCACUGUGAUCCAAUGGAUACUACUGAGAGUGGAUACAAUGUUCUUCACUAUGUAACCUUUAACAGAUCACUUGAUGCCAUAAAGUACUUGAUCAAUCAUCAUCACUGUGAUCCAAUGGCUACUAACAAUAGGGGUGAGACUGCCAUUCACUGUGCUGCUAGGCACAUUGAUAGUGUAAAGUAUCUCAUUAAAGAGUGUCACUGUGAUCCAAUGACUACUAACAAUGAUGGUGAGACUGUUCUUCAUAAAGCAGCUGGUAUAAGCAACUCACCUGAUGUAAUCAAAUAUCUAAUUAAUGAGUGUAAUUGUGAUCCAAUGGCUCUUGACAAGAAGGGGUGGACACCACUUCACAAUGCUGCUCGUUGGGGUCAUUCUGAAGCUAUUGAAUGUUUACUAUCAACUGGUAAAUGUGAUCCAUUAGCUAAAGACAAUCAGGGAAAAACACCAUUACAACUAGCUAAAGAGGCAAAGCAGAGAGGUGGGACUACUACUCUUCCUAUCUUUAAGAAGUUUGGUGAUAUAAAAUCAUCUCAUCCAAUUGAUUCUUAUGUUAACGUCCUCCUUGUGGGUAAUCCUGGAGCUGGUAAAAGUACACUUAGUAAUGUCAUCAAUGAGACAGCUACUGGUUCUAUUGUUCUUGGUUCCUUUAGAAAUGUUGGAGGGGUGGUGCCUUGUACUGCUGUCAGUCAUGUGGAUGAGACAUUUACUAAUCCUUUUGAAAGGAGAAGGAAAAAGGAAGGAUUAAAGGAAAUUAUUAAACAUUUAAAGAACGUGUUGACAUUGCUAGCAAUACUGGUAUUGUUAGUGUGUCUCGUCUGA